AGCCUUCCUCUCGUUUGUGGUUGUUAAACAUGCUUAUGAACUUGCUUGGCCUUUGUCUCCCGACCCCAAGCUGGUGGUUAUCUCGAAUGACCCUUCCGAGCCUGAAGCAACUGUAACCAAUUCUGAGGUUCCAAAUUACGCAAUUGUAUCUUCUAUUGAAAAUGCCCCUGCCAAACCCUCAGUUCCUCCUUCUCUUGUUCGGUUGCUUGGUGUGGACUUGGCAGUCGAUGACCAUGUUGCAAAGAAAAGGAAGGUCACUAAAUCAGCCUCUUUAGUUCACGUUGAAAGACCAGUUCCCCUAUUUCACACCCAUUAA